ACACCUAUUGCACCACACUUGCCACUCUUCAAAUAGCAACACAAAACCGAGCUACAACAGUCAACAGCCAGGGGAAUAGAAAAACUGGACAAGAUGUGUGAUGAGACUAUAUCAGAGUACAUAGAGAGGACGUAUGACCCCAGUCCCCUGAGAAGACGGCGGGCACUGAAGGAGCUGUGUCCGUGUCACGUGAGACAAGACAUCCCUCAGAUUUGGCAGAGAAUCUUCCAGAUGUUGGGUGACGAGAGCGGCAUUGUCAGGGACCAGGCGCUCCAUGCACUGGGUGAUGGUUCCCCCUCUCACAUGGAGGCAGAGAUAGUGGAGGCCGCGGAGAGACUCUACAACGACCCUCACCCCGACGUCAAGAAGAAGGCGCGGAGGAUGAUGAACUCCUACCGAAAGACUGGGAAGUGGAACGUGCUCUAAGACCUGCACCACAUAUCAUGUCACAACACACCUACACACACCGUUUCACGAAUGCUCCUUUCCUCGAGCAAAUGUAAUGCCGUUAGUCGGAAAUAAAAGAAGGAGUGGGCAGUAUGUGUAGUUUUUAAUUACUGUGUUCGGGAAAGAUGAAAUGAUGUUUUACAUUACAAGUCGGAGUGAAAGAGUGGGCACUCACACAAAAUGUCAUGUAUAGAAAGAUGCAACAUUAUUCUAGCUUGAGUGGGGAAAAAGGGAGAUAAUAUUGCAGGGUGGUGUAGAUUAUUCCUUCAUCUCCCCAUCCUCCUCUUCCUCUUCAACGCCACGCACAUAGAGGACAUUGUUGCACCUUAUUAAGACGUCUCCUAAUUGUCCGGUGAGCUGACCCUCGAUAUACUCCUCCGUAUUGGCUAGCUGCAGGUUCAUGUAGUUGUCCGUGGAAACGAGGUAACCUUUGUACUCCAUUCCCCACUUCAACUUGGCAAUGACAGGUUUACCAGUAAGGCCGUUCAGAUACGGCUUGGGGUUGAUGGGCAUCGCCUCCAUGGUAGCUUGGGGAUGAGUGAAUUGGUCAAGAAGAAGUGAGAGAAAGUUAGUCAAAGCGUGCGCACGUGGGCUCAAUGGGCGCUCGCGCUCGCGCGCGCACACGCGAGGGCGUACGGUAAUUUGUAGGGGUUUGCGAGAUGGGAGGAGGGGGCGUAUUUUCUUCGUCCUCCCCUAGCAACAUCUGAUAAACACGCGCCAAAACCCCUCUGGUGUGUGAAGAGACGUUCCUGCAUUUGUCCCUGAGGCUCCUUUGCCAGAGAAAACAGUGAUACUUCACUGAUUGGCGGCGAUCGUUGAACGGAGGCCGAGAGACGUGCGAAUUGCGACCGAAAAAGGGCGUUCCCAGUCAUGGAGAGAGCGUUGGGAGUUGCUUUUUUCCUCCUCAUAUGCGCACUCGGAGUUUCAGCACAGAAUGUGACAGCCGACUGCAGCAGCGAUCCGCCGCCCUGCGGGUGGAACGCCAACUGUACUGACACUGAGGACGGUCCGUACUGUUCGUGCGAGCCCGGGUACUUUCUGAACGUCACGAGCGAUUGCGAGAUGUGUCCGUGGGGGAUGUGGGGUUUGAAUUGCUCCUUUGACUGCGACUGCCCUGACAACACCACUAACUGCAACCAUGUGAACGGAACUUGCCCUGAAGAAGAUGUAUACGACUGUGAUGAUGACCCAUGUGGAGAUACCGAGUGUCGAAACGUGAACCAGACUUUCGAAUGCUACUGUCCUCCCGGUCAACGACUGCUGAAUGAGACACAAUGCGAGAUGUGUGAGGAGUACACGUGGGGCGUGGAGUGCAGUGAAUUUUGCAACUGUAGUGAAAACGCCACCGCAUGUAACCCAGUCACUGGAGUCUGCCCUGAGGAUGAAGUAAACUGUGCCAGUAAUCCAUGCGGGGCCCGUGCACAAUGUAUGGAUAUAUCAGACCGCGGGGAGUAUAGAUGCUACUGUACCAAUGGCUCCAUUCUCAUGGACAACUAUUAUUGCAAGAGUGAGUCACCCAACAUUCAUUCAUUCAUUUAACAUUAGCUGCUUUCUAGGAAAAAUUGAUUAGGAAGAAUACUACGUGUAUUACAGUUUGAUCUUGGCAUCAACGUAAAGUAGUGAGGUUUUAAAUGUCCUUGUUUUUCGGGAUGACAUUUUAGAGGGGAUCUAUUGUACCAGGUGGUUGAAAGGGAGCUGAUUAUCAAGUUGUGCGUGUGUAUGUACUUCUGAUUGUCUCUCCAGAUUGUUCUGCCGGAACAUGGGGUGCCAACUGUACCCAGACUUGCGAUUGUGGAGCCGAUGGUAACAGUUGCAACAAUGUAAACGGCGAGUGUAUCUGCAAUGCCUGCUGGAGUGGUACCAAUUGUAUGGACGGUGAGUUACAGAACAUUGCACCCUUGAAGACUUUAAAGAUGAUCAUUUGUUGUGUGGAGUUAAAGUUGAUCAUUUGUUGUUUCGUAUACAGCAAUCGGAGGUGAAUGUGUUUGUGAUUUCUUACGAGAGUCCAACAAGGCAAGCAAAGCUGAUACGUCUGCAUAUCUAGUCUCAAAAACUUAAUCUGAUCUUUGGCAUCCAUUUUCUCCCUCACUCGCUUAUUCACUCCGUCUACUGCACAGUGUGAGAACAACUUGAACGACAUGUUUGGAGGGUUUGCCUAUCCCGAAGCACCAGAUGAUACUCUCGUUCCUGUCGCAGUGAAACUCAUGGAUCUCGACAACUCUGUUGUGAUCGAGCGUGACCCUAUAAACUACGAUAGUGUUGAUAGAGAAGACGUUGGCCAAGGACCACUAGUACAGCUCACCUGGAGAGUGGACAAGAACCAGGACAGACCCAACGCAGUGAGAGGCCUCGACAGACUGAGAGAAGGAGUCAAACUAGGCAACAUCCGCAGCACGCUCAUCAUAAACGAUCGCGAAGACUCGGCAGACGUCACUCUGAACUCUGGCGUCAGGAGAAACGGCGAAUGUGAUGAAACAGACGAUGAUAUAGUCUAGUCUGAGGUCACCUGACACGCAUCUUACUUGUGUUCACACACCAUUGUAUACAAUGUUCUAUCUGCUCAUGUUUUUCAUAUUCUUGCAUACUUUGUGUUAUUAUUGUUCCACCCAUUUUUUUACAUGAUUUAACAUGAAAAAUUUUUUAGUAGCACAGUAACACAUGUACAAUUGUUAUAUCACUUUUAACAAGCUCAGUGGCUGCCUACUCUAAAUCAUCUUAUAGUUAGCUAUAUUUAAUGUACGUAUGUAGAGUUGAGCACCCUACAUACAGUUCGUUUGUAUUGCAGCUCCUUAUAUUAUUAAUCCGUCACAAGUAAGACUUU